GCGGAAGCUCUCAUUCUUUUAGUAAACAGUGAAUCAGUCCCCAGUUGCUCGCGUCCAUUGGUACAAGGUUGGUGUCUGCGGCAAGUGCUAUCAAGACAGCUCCGAUCGAAGAAGCUAACGAAAGGCGUUGCUCAUUACAUAGCGUGUAUAAUCAGCCAUGGCACGUACAAAGCAGACGGCCCGUAAAUCGACUGGUGGUAAGGCGCCCAGGAAACAGCUUGCUACUAAAGCAGCGCGUAAGAGCGCGCCGUCCACUGGAGGCGUCAAGAAACCUCAUCGUUACAGGCCUGGUACUGUCGCCCUCAGAGAAAUUCGAAGAUAUCAGAAGUCGACGGAGUUGUUGAUCAGAAAGUUGCCGUUCCAGCGAUUGGUGCGAGAAAUCGCACAAGAUUUCAAGACCGAUUUGCGUUUCCAGAGCGCGGCUAUUGGUGCCUUGCAGGAAGCCUCCGAAGCUUACUUGGUCGGUCUCUUUGAAGAUACGAAUCUGUGCGCUAUUCAUGCCAAGCGUGUCACCAUCAUGCCGAAAGAUAUUCAGUUGGCGCGACGAAUCCGCGGUGAACGCGCUUAAACCAUUUGCGUUAAUACAAGUUUUUCUCUGACUCGUUAUAUUAUCAUUUGGAUAUUUUGUUUUCAAACGAUCUAAAAGUAUCAUUCUUGACACUCUCUCUUCCAUAUACAUUUACUAUAAUUAACACACUGCCAACCACUGUAAUGGAUUUUGAACAGAGAGAAAUUACGAGUGAGUCACUGACGAACUUCGAUCUGAACGAUUCAAUAACAAGAGUACACAAAGAUAAAGAAAAGAAAAAUGGACGAAAAAAGAGAACGUUUUGUGUCUUCAGCAAACGAUCAGAGUUCACUGCACAAUUAGUUUUUGUUUUUUUUUUUAUAUUUGAGCAAGUAGAACAGCAAACACUAUUCACAGAAAUAAUAUCACAUGCAAAUUUCAAUGCAUUUCUUGCUUUUCAAAAAAGUCCAACAGUUAAUGCUUUUUACUUAUAACGUCGAGCGAUACCGUGUAUGUUUAAUGCGUGGUAGCAUGGAACAUACAAAUCGUUACGAAUGCGAUUCUUUACGUACAAAUGCAACUUGUAAUACUUAUCCGAUACGGAUUUUCAUAAAACGUAGAGUAUAUAUAGAGGGACUGGAUAAUAUUGUCUAUGUAUCAACAAAUAUAGUAGAAGAGAUAGAUUUAUUAGUUGUUUAUCGCAAUAACGUUAUCACAUGACACAUGGGGUUUUGAUUUGCAUUUAGUUGGUUCUAAACCCUCUAUAGAGUUUUAUAAAUCAUUACACCGAAGUGAUGAUAUUUCAAAUAUAUAGUUUAUCGCGGACACGACAAGAAAAGGGUUGCAACAAAAUUUAAUAUUUUGCAAAACUAUUUCUUUAUUCUCGACAAUUGUUUGCUGAAAAGUAAGUAAUGUGAAAUUUCUUGUUUCUUUUUAAUUAUGAUACAUUCUGAUUUUUUUCUCAAAAACAUUCAAGUUUUCUCAAAACGAAUUUGCUUAUAUAUUUAACGAGUCUUUACGUCUUUGGCGCGUGCAAUCCUUUUGACGUGGCGUUUAUCACUAGGUUGUUGUAAUUAUUUUUAGUUUUAAUAACGAUUAUAAUAUAGCGCUACUGGUAAUUGUAACAGCACAAUGAAAUACAUUUUCUAAUUGAUGUAAUGGAAAAA